CCAAACAACAGCGUCCUAUACAAGAUGGGAGCGUCGCUGGACACCCCGGCCCGGUGUCCCCUCUGCGACGAGCUGACCCGGGACCCCGUCACCCUCAAAUGUAACCACCGCUUCUGCCAGAGGUGUCUCGGGGACCUGUGGAGCGUCGUCCCGACCGGGCCGUACCACUGCCCGGAGUUCAGGUGCAAGACGGUGUAUCAGACGCUGCCCUUUGGCCCCCGGUUGAAACAGCCUCCCGGCGCCGGCCGCAGGACGCAGCCCCGCCGCAGCGCAGAUGCACCCAAAAAUGAUGAGCAAAGUACUGUUGACUCUCUGCUGACACGACCGUCUCUCACUCGACUCCUCGGGAAGAGGAAGGCUGGCCCAUCUGCUGCAGAGCAACCUGAUGCCAAACGAUCAUCCGUGGAGCCUUCCCGUGAGCAGAACAAUGACACAGAGACUCCCGGCACUUCACUGUCAGACGAUCCUGAGCAGCCAGCUCCUGAAGAGACGCCACAGACAGAAACGCACCCGGAACCACAGUCUGAACAUGGUGACGGCUCCUCCUCCACUGAGAACUCUGACAGGAACGAAGUGCCUCCAAGCGGCGGUGAUGCCACGGAAGAGAUCUCAGCUCUGCGCAGCGAACACACUAGCAUCUCAGUGGAUGACUCUGACAGCUCCAACGAAGUAGACAUCUGUGAUGCACCCCUUCCCGCAACCUCCAAGAAAGACACGCAGGUGACAGGAGCUUGUGUGUCACCAAAGAAAUCUGCGUCACCUGCCAACAACUCUGACAAAUCUGCUGGAGCCUCAAACCUAGGAAGAGUUGAUUCUCCUGUGUAUGUAUUUCCAAAAAGAGCUGUAACAUCUCUGGGACCCCCGAGUCAUAGUGGAAGCCCUGUCCCCUGCCAUUACUGUCCUAAAGCGGGAUGCCAGCAUGCGGUGAAGACCUGUCUGGUUUGUGGAGCCUCUAUGUGUAAAGAGCAUCUGCGUCCCCACCUGGAUUCCCCCGUCUUCCAGAACCACACCCUGGUUCCUCCCGUGGAGGACAUCUCUCUCUGGAGGUGCCAGGAGCACCAGGAGAUCAACCGCAUCUACUGCCGGCAGUGCGGGGUGUGCGUCUGCACCGUGUGCACCGUCAUCGGCUCGCACCGCGACCACGCCUGCGUCAGCAUCAGGGAGGCUGAGAGAGAGCUCAGGGGAAACCUAAAUGACCAAAUCAAACAACUUCAAGAUGCUGAACAGAGGGUGAAGAACACAGUGGCUGAACUCACACAGAAGAAAGACACUGCCAGAGAGCUUUUGAGUGCGGCACUGGUUGGGGUGCAGCAGCAGUACGGAGCCAUCAGAGAGGCCUUGGACCAGGAGGAGCAGUCCGUUGUUCAGUGUGUGACCAAGGAGGAGAAAAGGGUUCUUGGGGGUCUGGAGGAGAAACUCUGCCACCUCCAGAGCUCCCUGGAGUCCAUCCGAACAGGCCUCCAGACACUGGACAGCCUGGCUGGUGCCAAGGGAGACGGACGCGUUCAGGACCAAGCUUUCAUAGUGGAAUACGCAAAGAUUGCCCAAAUGACGAGUUGCCUGCAGAACGGAAUGGAGGAGUUUGAAACUCCGGAGGAUGUGGACCGUGCUCGCCUGAAAUGUCUCGAGAGGUGGACAGAGAGACGACUGGACGCGGCUGUCCUCGCCAUGCCGGGCAAAGACAGAGAUCUCUACAGCCUGUUAUAUGGCAUCAUCCCCCACUUGGAUGCCAACACGGCCCAUCCGAAGCUGCAGCUCCGCGACAACAACAGGAGGGUGAUCUACACCGAGUCCCAGCAGGCCUACACCGAGCACGAGGCCCGUUUCACUUCCUUCCCGCAGGUCCUGGCCACCUGUGCCCUGGAGGGGGGCCGCUGGUACUGGGAGGUCGGCGUGUCGGUGGACGACGGCCGUUGGAAGGUGGGGCUGUGUGAGGGUCGGAUGGAGAGGAAAGGCCAGAGGGACGGCUCCCGCCUGGGCUUCAACGGCUCCUCCUGGUGCCUGGCCUGCGACAAAAAGAAGGUGGAAGCUCUGCAUGACAAAGCGUCCGUUCCCCUGAACGCCGACGGGCUCCGCAGGGUGGGAGUGUUCCUCGACUUUGAAGAGGGAGUCUUAUCAUUCUUCAACGUGACACCAGGGGGCAGUCUGGUCCUGAUGCAUUCUUACAAGCAGAGAUUCAGCGGCCCUCUUUACCCAGCCAUGUCUGUGUCCAAAACUCAGCUGGCAGUCUGUGAGAUCUUUCAGUCUUAAACCGUCUUCAAGCAAUACUGCUGUUGAUUUACAGAAUAUAUUAUCCCAUAGUGCCUUUUAAUAGAUGUUUUUCUCCUUUUAAAAUGGGCCAAUGAAGAAAUACCCUCGGGACCAGCUCUGUCACACUUUCGGUUUAUGCUCAUUUAUAUGAUAGCUUGACUAAUGUAAAAAAAAAAAAAAAUCCCUACAUGUGAUUUUUAUAGCUUUUAAUGAUACUGGAACUUAUAACUUAUAUGAAGUUAUAAAUGUUUUUCACUGUACCUGAUACAUUCCAAACACUGGACCAGAGUGUUAUUUUUUUAAAAACAGAAUUUUGAUGUUUUUAAUGAAAGAUCCGAUCAAUGCAGGGUUAAUUAUUUCUUUGUUGCUUUGUCCAAAAACCUUCUCAAAUUGCUCUUUGUGUGUCCUCCCUGACAGCGGCUUGCUCCAGCGGUGACCCAUUGUCUUUGUCCAGAAAUAAAAUGUCAGAGCUUCAAAAGCUCAAUACAAAC